AUGGAUGCAAUAUCGAAAACAAAUGAAACAAUCUACAGAUUUCGUUUUGGUACUACUAAGAAAACUGUUCAAAUUACACAACAACAACUCAAUCAUUUUCCUUAUUUAUUUGCUCUUGUAAGUCAUACAGAUGAUUUCGCAGUCAAUAAAACCAACGAUGGUGAAUAUAUAUUAGAAUAUCCCAUUUUUUAUAACUGGUUAAUGGCGAUCUUUCAAUCGGUUAUUAAAGAACAGCCAUCUGCUCUAUUUACUGAACUAACACACGAAGCAAAUGUAAUACAUAUGCUUGAACUUUAUGAUUAUCUAUGUAUUGAUCCAUUACCACUUCCUCUUCUUAAAAACCAAAAACUUGUUUUGACAAAUCCCAUUGAUGUUGAUGAUACGAACAAGCAUAUUGAAUGGUGUCAAGCGGAUAUCUGUGAAGUACGUAAUGUAGCUAUUCAAUUUAUCAUCGGUAUUAGUAAAAAUGCCUACAAUUUAAAUGAUUUUGGAACAAUAAAUAGUAUCUUCACAUUACUCAUGGUUAUUUUCUCAAACCCGAAUAUGUUCCAUUCAAGCUUUCGUUAUCAUACAUUGAAAAUAAUUAGAAAAUAUUGCUUUUCAUUAUUUUCUGAUAAUCAACAAAAACAACUGCCAAUAACUCAACAAAUCAUUCAAAAUAUUAAUAUUGACUUUAUUAGAUAUUUAGACAAUAAGAAUCAAUCUCUUCCACCAAACUUCAACAAUACUUUUGCUUGGAAAGGUAUUUAUGUGUCCAAAGAUAAAGUUGAUACUGAUCUUCAACCUAUACGUGGUGUAUAUAGAUUUAAGAGAUAUUUUGACCUAGAAGAUUUUGCUGAAAACAUUUUCUACUUGGAGCAAGACUUAAUUUACUUCAGAACAUGUUCUGAUCGUUUGGUUUACCUCGGAAAUUCAUCUAUUGCGAAAAGUUUUGUAAGUAGACAAUUCACUGCUGAACCAUUUGUCGAUAUUGAAAGUUUCCAAUAUGAUCUCCGGCGAGAGCAAAAGCAAAAGCAAAAGCAAGAGCGAAAGAAAAAUGAAGCUCAUUCAGCUCGAUCAGGACGUUUUAAUACAUUACCGAAAUGGCCAAAAUUUGACAAAUUCAAACAUCGAUCUAGACCAAAAGCUCAAAAAUAUCGAUAA